GAAUCUUUACAUGAUUGAUGAAUGAUUCACUUAAUGAGAGGCCAGGUUCAAUGUCUGAGUGGAGAAGUUAUAUAUAUACAUCUAUAUUACUUGAACAAUCCUUGCUAAACUCUUGCAUCGAUGCUUCAGUUUUUUGCGUCAUUCUUCUGACCAACUAAUUAUUUCAAGGGAAAAAAUGAGUGAUCUCAAUAAUGACAGUCAAAGCAAGGUCUAUUCUACACUGGUGGAAGAUCAAUUGCAACAAUUGCGCCAGGAAGAUCCAACGCAGUACAAUACUCUGGUCAAAAUGCACCUGUCUUUUACUACUGAUCUACCUACCAUAUGUGACAGCAUUGAUGGUCAAAGAAGUGUUGGCAGCAGUGGCUGGAGGCAGCUGGCACCCUUGGCUCGGUGGCUCAGUGGAGGCAAGAAGCAGCUGCCUAAUGAUGAAGCCCUAGAACUUGUGCAUCUCUCUCCUGAACUGCUUCAACAUUUUAUUUUCAUCAUUGACUUCCUUGGAUCACCAGAUAAUGUUAGAACAGAGGGAAUUUUCCGCAAAUGUGGCAGCAGUUCAAGACAGUUGGAACUCAGGAAUCACAUCUCAAAAAGCAUGUCUACCAUGUCAAAUGAGAAUGGUUGUGAUGCUGCGUUUUUACUGUCUGUGUUGUCAUCAUACAGCACCCACGAUGUUGCUUCGCUUCUGAAAUCUAUGUUGGCUGAUCUGCCUGAACCCCUACUGCUAGAUCAUAACUUCAUCUUACACUGCAAGCUGGCUGAUGUAAGUUCAGAAGACAGCAGCAUCGGCUCAUCUCAUUAUCAUAGACGCAUCAAAGCCCUGCAGCUGCUAUUGUUGCUGCUGCCACCGUGCAACUUCCAGCUGCUUAAAGCCUUGCUGUUCCUGCUGCACAACAUUGCCUUGCAUCACCUACACAAUAGGAUGAGUGCGUGCAACCUUGGCAUGGUGUUUGCUCCCCACAUCAUGUGUCCCAGAAAAAUGACUGGCACUGACCUUCAGACCCACUCCAGUGUAGCUGGCACAGCAGUUGCGUUUAUGGUUCGCCAUGCAACUAAGCUUUUCCAGGUGCCGAUUGAGCUGGAAUGUGACGUGAAGCAGUAUUGGAUCAACAGGAGUGAGGCCGCCGCCCUCCGCCACUCUCUGUGCUUGCAGCACGAUGCAUCCCUUGCAGACUCGUGCCCUGACCACGACCCCACUCUGGCCAACACAGUGUUCAGUUUUGUUGACCGCGCGCAGACUGAGGCGGCGAGCGCUAGGGAGACCACAGCGCUCGCCCUCGCUGAACUCUACGCACACGUCAGCAACUUGCCGGACUCUGAUAAGAAGCGCAAGCUCGUGCGCCAGUUCAACACGGCUAGUGGAUACGGCACUCCAAAGUACCAACAUGGCAGCAGAGCUAAAGCCUUUGCUCAUUCCAUUAAAAAACACCUUUUGAGAGGCGGCAGCAGACGCGAGCCUCUGAAUAGCAGCGCUUCGUUGCAAAACCACGACUGGCAGAAAUCUGGAUCAUACAGUCCCAUGACCGCGUUAGAACACUCCAAAUUACACAACUCGUCACCCAUUUUCUCUCCGAGUGUCGCCAGCAUGAAAGUGAAUGUGAAUGGCCGACACCCCAUCAACAAUGCAUCUAUUGCCACUACGCUCACCACUCCUAAUCUGUGUGCGACUCCAAAGACCGUACAGCAGCAAGCUAGAGCCAAAAGUUGGGACAACCUCGCUACACCAAAGAACUUGCGCAAAUGUCUUUUUCCAUCGUCACCCUCGCCUUUCCUUAAAAAGACGAACCUUGGCAUCAGUAAAUCAGCGCGAGGCAAGCCAAAUUUUGCUGUCGCUAAAGAUGGAAUUGGUGUUGCAAAUGGCCGUGAUAGAGGCGUCGUCUCCAGUGGUGGGAAGAAUGUAAAAAAUCUUGGCGAUUGUCAUGGAUCUUUUGGAAAUUAUGAAGCCACAAUUAGUGAUAGUAAGUCGCCAAGCAGUUGCAGCAAUGCUGGAAGAACACUGCCACGUAAAUGGAAUUUCGUUCAUGUGCCGGAUGAACCGUAUGCUUCGAGAGAUUUUCACUUGAAAAAAGAUUCAUUGAAAAGAAUUGCCCAACAAGGCCUCGCCAAUGCUAGCUCGGUACAGGAUUGCUACAGAGAUUUAGAGUGUCGUGUGGCAGUGGAAGAUGGAAAUGCAUCUCAUGACAACGUCAGUGUUCAGCGUCCAAAAACUAACUUGAAAGAAGAUUAUCGGUCCAUCAAACAAUGUGACCUUCAAGACUCAAGAAAUGAGGAGAGUGUUGCUCGUCUUGCGAAGAAUUUCUUGGAUGCUGAUGAAGCUCCUCCUUAUAUUAUUUCCAUUACUGACGGUUGUGAAGAAGAGUCAUCGUCCAUUGCCUGCGAAAUUCCCGAUGAAAUUCCUUGUUGUCUUAAUAAACCAUCUAUCAUAGCUUCAGACGAGAGAAAUGUUGACUCUCUGAAUAUAGCGUCUUCAAAUGCAUCCCCUGAUACUAAUCAUUGCAUCGAAGCCGUUAAUUCUGCCUCUGCUGAUUCCCUGACUGAUGGUUCAGCUAUUGAAAAGAAACAGAUGCUGUCGACCUCAGGAUCCCUCACCAUUUCUUCUGGCCGCUCAACGAACUCAACUUCUGAAUCGAGUAUAUCAGCUCUAGGAAUUGAUUCGCUUGCUGAGACUGAAAUUGAUGCUGGGGUUUCUCGCAAAACCGAGUCAGAAAGUGAGCUUGUCCUUGCGGCAUCAGUCACCCAAGAAGAUGAAUUUUCUACUUCACGAGAUAAAACGAAAUCUUCCACCAGCAGCCCCAAUGAACAUUGUUAUUUCUACCCCGAUGGGAACUUGCCAUGCAAUGACAUGCCUCCAGCCACAGAUGAACCUUCAGACUCGCCACAAGCGCUAGUUGACGGGAAAUCUAUGUUCCCUGACGGAUCCACUCCAACAAUUUUUUGUGCUCCGAGUAACUCCAAAACAUACGAGGCUGUACAAGCUGCUGCUGCUGCCACGUCCGGCUCACCAGGCUCCCCUCUCACCAACGCUAUGCUCACUGACAACAUCACUCAGGCACUGGUGCUGACACCCCGCAGCCGCUGCCCCAUCGUGUCUACCAAGAACAGCCGCGGAAACACAAGCAGUUCUUCACUUACCGCCCUCGCUCUUCAUAAUUCUGUGACUCGCAGAACAAACAAAGCUGAGUUUAAGAACUGCGCCACCUCUUCGAAAGUUGAAAAACGAGGAAUGAAUGUUGAGUGUGCUGGAACCGCUAAUCUUCUGGGGAAUUUCUCGAAUCUUAAUGGAAAAGAAACGAAGGAAACAGACGACUCUUGUGCCAUAGGCAAAAUGGUUUCAUCUUCCGACUUCAAUAAAACGGCGAAGUUAUUGGGAACUACCGAUAGCCUCAAACCAAAUAAGCGAAACUUGUCUCAUCUCAGCCUUCCUGAGUGUUCCACAGAGAACGACAUGGAGACUGUAUGCUUCAAGCCCCACGCAAGCGAAACUCCCCAGAAAAUUCGCACCACUCUCUCAGUUGACGUAUCUGACAAAGGUGAAAAUGGACCAAGAGGUAGACCUCUAAUUAGAAGGAAAUCAACUUUUAAAAGAAAGAAUAAGAGUGACUCACAAAUUCUGGAGUCUAGCGAUGUGAAAACAGACUGCAUGAAACCCACAGGAAGUAAAAAUGUUUCUCAGUUAGGAAAGUCAAUGCGGCGUAGCUUGUCUCGUCGUCUUAGCAAACGGCGCUCUGGUAAAAUGGGAGCUGCUGACAAGGCAGAAAAUAAUGGAGCGCAAAGUUCCAGCAUCUCUCCAGAUGUUGGGUCACGCGAGAAUAUUUCUACUCAUGAUCUAAUUUCCAAGCCAAACGCUGAAUUGGACCUGCUUGCAAGUAACACAACUACCGAUGCAUGUAUUUCAUCAUCAGUUGACCGCAGCGUAAAGUCACCUCCUCCCAGCCCUUUUAGUUUCUCCCCGUCUGGCACAUCUUUAGAUCUUCGAUAUUCAUCAAGCACGUCUGCUGCUCUAGGUCAGUUUUUCCGCCAUCUCAGUAGUUCAUCUCUUGCUCAAAUAGCCCGUCGGUUGAAGACUAAUAACGAUCCUUUACUCGAUCCUACCUACAGAAGCCUCACUCCUAUCCUGUCAGACACAUCAAAUUCAUCUUUCGUCUCGAUGGCCCAAUCUCCGAUCAAUGAAUUGGAUGAAAGUUUAACUCUAGUAUUCCGUGAAUAUUUGGAGACGAGAAGUAUUCUCGCGUCUGCAAAUAACAGCGAACUCGAUUUACACGCAGAAUGCUCACCGUGCGUCCAAAGACCUUCGUCUUGCUGUGAUCACAUCUCUAUUACUACCGUAGAACAGGAAGAAAAAUGUCGUAGCGUUCCCGUCUUGGAGUCUGGUUUGUGUUUUACAACUGACAUUUCUUACGACCCAACUACUCCGUAUGUUGGUAGUAGCGGUGAAAUCAGGAGCCAGUCGUGUGAUGCCAUAAACAUUCUUCACCCGUUCAAUCGUUCCUUGCUAAGUCCAAUAGUUCCGGCGCAUUCACCUCAACAUUCACGCUUCUCGUCCCUUGAUUCGGCAGAUCCGUUACAAUCCUCCCGCAGUGAUGACAGGGUGCGAAGCGAUUCGCUACUCGAAAUAGACAAUAAAUGUAAAUCCGGACGGAGUAGUUGCAUCAGAUGCAAUGUUAACGAAUUAAAUGGUUGCAAAAUCACCCUUGUCGAUAAUGAAAGACCUCUCGACAAUAGCGUCGGGAGCGAAAAAUUUCAUAGUGGCGAGUCAGAUGUACCUGGCUGUCAACUUCAAGAAAACGUGUUAAGUAGUUCGGAUGACACAUUUCAUUCAACAGACGGUGAAUUUUCCGAUUCAUUACUUCGAUGUCUUGAUGGACAAAACCCACUGAGUAUUUCAUACGAUGCCACGAAUGACUCCAGUAUCCAUUUAGAAGAGAAUCCUUCACCGCCAAAGAUGAGAGUCAAUUUCGUCAGAAAUCCUGCUCAUUCUCGUUUGAGUUAUCGGAGUGCAGUUGAUCUUGGCUCUUUACUCAUAUCUGACCAUGUAAAAUUACUGGCUCCUUUAUUGGAGAAAGACAGCCCUCCCCAAGCCUGUUCCUCUGGGAAAGAGAAUUUGCGGCCAUCUUCCAAUACGAACAGCGACAACUGCUCUGGACCUGCGAUGGAAUUUCCAGACCGAAUUCCUUUAGGCGAUGAAAAUGCUUUGCAAAAAAUCAGUCCGAAAACUUUGCAAAGUUAUCAAGUCAAUUAUGUGUCGGAAACGCAAAAUAAAAACAUUAAUCAGAAAGUAGGGGAUUUGACGGGGUGUUUUGAAGUUGAAACUAAAGUGUGUUUGGGUACUUGUGAAGCGGAAGACACGAGUGAUAAGUUGGCGCUUGCUCCAAAUGCUGUUACACCGACAUAUGACCAAUCCCAAAGAUCGUCAUCGAACAAUGCAUAUGACCAAUCCCAAAGAUCGUCAUCGAACAAAGCUAAAGCAAAAAUAAAGGUCGUGCCAGACCCCGCAUCCUGCUCUCCGAUCGGACGCAGUACCAGCGGUCUGCGCACGAAACAGGGUACACCAAAACCAAUGGCAAGUACAGCGACUCCAGCCACUGUACACUUCGAGACCAAAUUGUGAGUAUUAAUUUGUGCGUUCUCCUCAGAAUGGGUUUAAUAGGGUCAGCAAGUGUUUUCAAUUCCAUUCGAGGAGUAAAUUGUGAAUUGAUGGGAUUAGUGGUGUCUCGUUCUGCAUGACGCGAUUCGUUUUUAAACUCGCUAAGACAUGAAAGAGACUGAAACGACUGGGAGGUACUGAAAACAUGGACUACAUCGUCUGCUAAAUAUUAUGCGUGAUCAAUGCUGAGGCUGUUUUUAAUCUGUAGUUAGAUACUGACUCCGCUGGUAUAUUAUCAGACGGAUGUUAUUACAUGUACGUCAUGGAAUAACGACCAAAAUAAUCGAAAAGACGGCAUUCUUUCUGCUAUUGUUUUAUCCUCUGUUUUAGUUUAAUUUUUCUAGUUUUAAUUUGAGUAUGCACUCUUAAUUGUACAGCUGGACGCAGAUUGUAUCAUAGUGGGUGGUACAGAGGGAUAGAUUUUAGAUGCAUCUAAUACGCGAGCUCAUCAGAUUCGUUUACUUGUUUAGAACUUGGAAUUCAUGUCAUGGAGGAAAUUAGGUUGUGUAGAAACGACAUAUCGGAAGCAACUUGUGGAGCAGGUCAUGAAAAUAUAACCGACUGAAAAACAAUUUUUUUCUUGAACAUGUUUAUUUUAAGGUUUCUUCACUGAAAUUUUAGAUAAUUGCAGGAGCUAUUGAAGUUAGAUUAAAGUGUAACUAUGACGUGCAAUGCUAACUAACUAUUGAAAAACGUGCUGCUCACACACGAUUUAGAAAUUCAGUAAAUUGAACAAAAUUUCUAUUGAUAUUUAUCGUUUCUUGAAUAUAUUUUUAACGUUUAAGGAUUCAUUUUGUACCUAUUUCCAUUUAAUUUUUAAUAAGAAUUUUAUACAUUUUUGUGCCUAACAUGAGUGAAAUAAUUAUGUGGCGCUUAAUUACAAACUUAACUUGAGAUACGGUACGUCGCCUUUGCAAAUUUCAUCUUAUUAUCAUAGCUAUGUUUUACUAAGGGGAGUACAUAGCGAAUUAUUGUUUAUUGGCUGAACAGGGCCAGUUAAAUGGUGAGAUAUGUGCAACUCGGCACAUAGAAAUGUUCUUCGCUGAAGCCGUUGACGCUAACCCCAUGAAAGGAGUAAUGAAUUUAAAUUUACAUCGGCUUUUUCCAUGAUGAAAAUCAAUGCAUAGUUUCAAGUUAUUUUUGCAUGUAAUAUGCUAAGGAAUAAAAAUAACGUUUAUA